UAUUCACGUUUAGGGGUAUCUCAGUGUUUUAGCUAUGGCGGCAAUUUCGUCAGCUGUGACGCUGGGGAUCCUUCUCCGGCAUUCGAUUCAUGGGGCUAGGUGUGGCGCCCAGGCUCUUGCUCCAAUGGCGGGAUCCGGCGCCAUCGCUUUGGGAAGAAAUCGAUUUCCAUUGCAAAGAACACUCCAAAGAACACGAAGGAGGGGUUCACUGAUCGCAAAAUGCGAGUCUGGAGCGACGGAAGACAAGCCCGCGUUUGGCUACACGAGGAAAGACGUUCUCCUUAUUGGAAUUGGAAUCACAAUCUUUGGAUUUGGUUUAAAGUCUGGACUAGAGUUAAUUGGACUGGAUUCCCUCAAGGCUGGCAACGUUGUGCAGCUAGUCAUGGUUCUUGGGCUCACAGUGGGAUGGAUCCUAUCCUAUGUUCUCCGGGUCUCCAACAAAGACAUGACUUACGCCAAGCAGCUCAAAGACUACGAGCUCAAAGUGAUGGAGAAGCGCUACCAAGAGCUGCCCGAGGCCGAGCUGGAAGCUCUUCUCGCACAGGUCGAGGAAGAGAAGAAGAGCUCAAGGAGCAACGAAAACACCACGACAUAGUUACUUGGUUUUGGUUUUCUCUUCCUUGACCUCGAUGUAGCUCAAUGGUACGCAUUUUCCGUAUACAUAUGCUGAUGCUGCCGUCUUUCUCCAGAUGAUUUUACUGUACAAAUACAGAUCGAUCCAGUUUCUUC